AUGAGCAUCUGGGCUCCUACUCAAACGUACACUGUCCAGGUCGGCAACGGCGAUCACAAGUUCAAACCGGAUGUCAUACAAGCGGAAGUUGGAGACAUCGUCGAAUUCGACUUCUACCCCGUAAACCACAGUGUUAUCCGCGCAGAAUACGAACAUCCAUGCAUACCGUACGAAAUGACAGGCAGAGGCAAAGUCGGCUUCUGGUCGGGUUUCCACGCCCCAGACGCUCUGUUGGGGGACCCUCCAAAAUACACGGUCCGAGUGAACGACACCGCCCCCGUUUUCUUCUACUGCUCCGCCCCCGACUCCUGCACGAAACAGGGCAUGGUCGGGGUCGUUAACCCCAACGCCUCCACCUCGCUCGCCCACCAGCGCGACCUCGCCCUCCAAGCUUCAUACCAGCUCUCCCCCGGCGAACCCUUCCCCUCGGAAGCAGAAACUCCGUCCUCCACGUUACCAAAUGCCACU